AUGUUGCAUUGACCGGCGCAGUACUGCAAGCCUCUGCACAUCACAGUUCCAGAACGGCCAAUGCAACAACAAAGAGAGCGUCAGGACGAGCGUCCCCGCGUGCCUCCGACACCAUCAAGCUGAAGUGCAUUUGUUCUGUGUGGCUCGCUCUAAAGGAUUUUGCCACCAUCGACAGAAAAAGCAGAGGGCAUAACUUUUUGGAAGUGGGCCUGGCGGAUCCUUUUUGACGUUCGGCUCACUGCGGGAUACACUUUCUCUCUCUUUUCCUCUGGGAAGGUCAAUACUUGAGCAGCUUCAUUUAUCCUGAAGACUUCAGGAUGUACAGCUUCAUGGGAGGGGGUUUGUUUUGUGCCAUCGUGGGCAACAUCCUGCUGGUUGUUUCCACUGCUACCGACUACUGGAUGCAGUACAGACUGUCAGGCAGCUUCGCUCACCAGGGCCUGUGGAGAUAUUGCAUGUCUGGCAAAUGCUACACACAGACUGACAGCAUCGCGUACUGGAAUGCAACACGGGCCUUCAUGAUCCUGUCAGCCAUGUCGUGUUUUGCUGGAAUAAUCGCAGGAAUCCUCUCCUUCGCUCACUUCUCCGCCUUCGAGAGGUUCAACCGUUCCUUUGCAGCAGGAAUCAUGUUUUUCAUUUCCACUCUGUUUGUUCUGCUGGCGAUGGCCAUUUACACCGGCGUGACUGUCAACUUCCUGGGAAAGCGUUUCGGGGACUGGAGAUUCUCCUGGUCCUACAUUCUGGGCUGGGUUGCUCUGCUCAUGACCUUUUUUUCAGGUAUUUUUUACAUGUGUGCCUACAGGAUGCAUGAAUGCAGAAGAGUGGCCGGCACUCGCUAAAACCAGAGACAAGCAAACAUUCAUCACCCAAGUAUUUGAUUAUCUGAUCCCACUUAUAAAAUACAGAGAAAAAAGACACUGUCAGAUUUCACUAGUUGCAAUAACAACAGAACUCAUUUAAGAUUUGAAUCACUUGAAUGAACUGAAGCAUUUUUCAUGCACAGAGUGAAAAAUCUCUAAUAAAAUCUGUUCUCUUCA